CAUUAUUCUUGUGGAGCUCCGCUCCCAUAUAUUCCUCUCGUCUUCUUCUUCCACUACAAAACCACUGAUCCCCCUCCGCAAAAUCGGCACUCCAUUUAUAUACUCCAUUUGCUUUCUUUACGCAAACACUGACUUUGUUUUGUUCUCUCCUCCCUCACCAAGCAAAGCACUUACCUCUGCCCCUCUUUCUCUCUCUCUACUCCAUUUUUUUUAUAUCUGAGAUCCGGCCCUAAGAUGGGCCUUAAUACGGAGUAUUUCUCUCAAGAAAAUGGAAUGUUAGGUUCCGAGAGUGAUGAUGAUGAUGAUAGUGAACUAAAGUCGAGAUCUUUGAUUGGUAGAAUGAUUUGGGAUUUUGGGUUGGCCUGUAUCAUCCCGCAUCGACGGCGACGGAGCUCCGGCAAGGGUAAGGUCGGCGGGUUGAGCUCGUCGGAGCACAAUAAGGCUUGGUUGCUCGCUCAGUCCGGCGGGUGUGGCCGAUCCGAGACGAACAAUGCCGAGCCUCAGUCGGUUCACUCCUCCUUCCGGCUCAGUCUCUGCUCUCAGGUGGAGCUUGAAUCUAUGAAUGUCAUGAAUAGCCGCUCCCACACCACCGUCUUGAUGGUGAAUUUGGAAAACGGGUCGACUGAUCCGGGCGGGUCGAGGGAGCUUAAAUGGAGGAGAUUUGAGUCUCUCGAGAGGAGCAUUUCCCCAGUCGCCCAUUCUUUACUUCGGUUUAGCUAUCAAGAAAUUGUGUCUGCCACUUCCAAUUUCUCCAAAGGUAGAGUUUUGGGAAGAGGAGCAAUGAGCUAUGUAUUUAGAGGAAGAAUCUGGUAUCUGAAAGCUGCACUGGCGAUUAAGCGGUUGGACAUGGAAGAUAAGGAGACACCAAAGGCAUUUUGUAGGGAACUAAUGAUUGCCAGCUCUCUACACAACCCUCACAUUGUUCCUCUUGUGGGCUUUUGCAUUGAUGCAGAAGCUGGUUUGUUUCUGGUUUACAAGUAUGUCUCCGGUGGAGACUUGGACUGUUAUUUGCACGAGAAGAGGGGAGCGAGUGGUAGUCCGGCUCUUCAUUGGUCAGCUAGGUACAAAGUUGCUCUUGGCAUUGCAGAAGCCAUUGGCUAUUUGCAUAACGGAACCGAAAGAUGCAUUGUUCAUAGGGACAUCAAGCCUUCAAACAUUCUUCUUUCUUCCAAGAAGAUACCCAAGGUGAAGAUUUAGUCCUGUUACAGUACAAAAACUUUUCCACCACAAGUUUGACCUUUUGGUUGAAUGGGUUUCUCGACAACCACUAAAUACUUUUUUUAUAUUGGUUGUCAAGAAUUCGAGUAGCGACGUGACAUGGAGAACAGGUCUUUAGUUGGAUCUACUUGCUAACAGUUGUGUUUAGGCCAGCUAAUUGUGUGAGCCAUUAAAUACUUUGUUUGAUGAGAUAUGCAGUUAUGUGACUUUGGAUUAGCUACAUGGACCCCUUCACCAUCUGUGCCUUUCCUUUGCAAAACUGUGAAAGGGACGUUUGGGUAUUUAGCUCCAGAGUAUUUCCAGCAUGGAAAAGUGUCAGAUAGAACUGAUGUCUAUGCAUUUGGAGUGGUCCUUUUGGAACUGAUAACCGGACGGAAACCAAUCGAAGG